UAGUUACAGUUAUGAUGUUACGCAUACACUUCAAGUCAAUAUGUCAAUUGCACAAAUUCCAAAUGAUUUGUCUAAUGAAGAAUGUCUAUUUGUAACCAGAAGUUGUCCAAAUAAAAUAUUUGUUUGGAACGAUUAUUUAUUAAAAGAUGUACGUGACAAAUUACAUUCAGAUUGGAUUUUAAAUAUAAUGCACGGUUUUAUAAGUCAAUCAAAUGUUUCAAUUUUUGGACGUCCAAUAUAUAUUACAUUAAUUGCUCGGAGAUCAAAUAGAUAUGCUGGUACACGAUUUUUGAAAAGAGGAGCUAAUAAAAAUGGAGAGGUUGGGAAUGAAGUCGAAACCGAACAAAUAGUUCAAGAUCAUGGAGCAAGUUGUCAAAAUAAUAUGUAUAUAAGUUCAUUUCUUCAAAUGAGAGGUUCAGUUCCUGGUUUAUGGAGCCAAGAUAUAAGUAAAAUGGUACCAAAACCUACAAUAUCAUUUGAAUUAAUUGAUCCAUUCCAUGAAAUACCUGGUGCUCAUUUUAAUAAUUUGUAUAAAAGAUAUGGCUCACCAACAGUUAUAAUUAAUCUUGUGAAAAAACGUGAAAAAAAGGUUCAUGAAUCACAGCUAAGUGAUCAUUUAGUAUCAGCUGUAAAAUAUUUAAACAGAUUUUUACCACCUAUUCAUCACAUUCAGUACAUACAUUUUGAUAUGGCAAGAAUGAACAAAAGUAAAAAUGUGAAUGUUAUGAGACGUCUAGAUGAUAUUGCUCGUAUGGCAAUCUUUAAAACUGGCAUGUACAUUAAUUGUCCACGAAUUAUAGAUAAACCUACUUUUGGACAAGAUAAAAAUGGUAUCAUACUUCAAAAUGGAAUAAUUAGAGUAAAUUGUGUUGAUUGUUUAGAUCGUACAAACACUGCUCAAUUUGUUAUUGGAAAAUGUGCACUAGCUUAUCAACUAUAUUAUUUAGGGUUAUUGCAUGAACCAUUUUUAGAGUAUGAUACUGACUGUGUUAGAUUAUUAGAAGUAUCAUAUGAAGACCAUGGAGAUACUUUAGCUUUACAAUAUGGAGGAUCUCAAUUAAUCCAUCGGAUAAAAACUUAUCGUAAAACUGCCCCUUGGACAUCACAAGGCAACGACAUUAUGCAAACAUUGAGUCGUUACUAUAGCAAUACAUUUUCUGAUACUGAAAAACAAAAUGCAAUUAAUCUAUUUUUGGGAUUAUUUUGUCCAAAYGAAAAUGAACCUGCCAUUUGGGAACAAAAUUUUGAUUACUAUUUACAUCAUCCAGAAACAACAUCAUUUCUCUCUAAUGACUGUGUUCCGUUGACAAGAUGGUGGGAUGAAUGUGUAAUGGACUGUUUGCCGUUAUCUUGUAUGGAAAGCAAAAAAAAAUAUUUAGAAAUAUAUCCUGCUAAUACAUUAAAUAUUGAUGACUAUGAUAGUUUUAGUCACUUCUAUAAAAUAGAUGAGUUCAGUGUAAUGUCUGAAAGUUAUGCUUUUGAAAUUAGCCAUUCUGUGAGAGAUUUUAUGCCAAACUGUGUAACAGAUUUCAGUCCAUUUUCUAUGCGUAUUAGACCUGGUAAAAAACGUGAACAAAUCUCUGACAAAACUAGGAACCCUUCCAUGACAGGUCAUAGCUCUACAAAUUCAGUAAACACAAGUAGCAGGUACCUAUAUCAAUCAUUAAAAAAUAAARUGCCAUACUAUUGA